GUCCAUCUUGGGUGGCCCUGCACGGCAUAGCUUAUAGCUUCAUUGAGUUAUGCAAGCCCCUUCGCCACGACAAGGCAGUAAUCCAUAAAGGGGCAUAAAAACAUAUGUAAUUACUAAUAUGGAGGUGAUGGCUGGAAAGAAAGGAGAAGCUUUCUAUUCAUAGCAGAACCCAUUGUAAUUUAAUAUUUUGUAUUUUCUUUCCAAAACUAGGAUUGCAAAUGGAAAAUGUAUAUGGAGAUGGACGGGGACGAAAUUGCAAUAACUUAUAUAAAAGAUGUGACAUUUAACACUAAUCUACCUGAUGUCGAGAUUUUAAAAAUGACAAAGCCUCCAUUUGUGAUGGAGAAGUGGAUUGUGGGGAUAGGAAAAGAUCAGACUGUCGAGUGCACAGUGACUUACGAGGCUGAUGUCCAUACUCCCAAAUCUACCAAACACAUCCAGGAAGUGCAAUGGAGUCAGGUGAAACAGCAGGAUGAAGUGAAAUCAGUACAGCUGAAAAUACAGACAUCUCUCCCAAAUGUGGAAGGCAACCCUCGGAGCAGAUCCAAUUCCAGUAUUGACUGCCAGUGGAUGAAUGCACUGAAAAUGCACUGUGUGACAAGCAGUCCUUCUCUCCAACAUUCCCGUCCCCACAGUCCCAACAACUUAACCCAUUUUUUACCCUACCUUCACAAUCAAGACACUUACGCUGCUGCUGUGAGGCGGACUUCAGUGCCUACUACCUUUCAUAUUACUCCACUCAUUCAGUCAAGAAGCUCAUCGCCAACAACCUAUUUAUCAUCUUUACAUCUGAAUUCCAAGGAAAGCAGCAGCUCCAGUGCGACUUCAACUUCGGAUAGUCCAUCUGAAAAGGGCAGCUCCAAAAGCAGAAACAGAAAUAACUAUCAUAGCAGCGUCUCUCCUGGAGGAGAGGCAGCUGGAAAGCGUUUUGUAAGAAACCCAACUGCUCCAGGGACACUGAGAAAUGCUGGGAAAUAUCCUAGAUCUUCCCAGUCAACCUUCAAUCAAUAUCAACAUCUGCCAAGGACGCAUGAGAGAAAACACACUCAUUGCCCGCAGCAAUUCAAAUCAAUACCAGGGAUGCCCUUGAAAACUGAAGCAGAAGAAGAAGAGGAAGAAAGCAAAGUCAGUGAAGGUGGAUGGGUGAAAGUCAAUUAUUCAAAGAAAUCUUACCGACAUACUGUUGGCAAACAAAACAAAGAGAAAUCAAAAGGCACUGGAACACUUCAGAGAAAAUCCCGUUGAUGCUUUUUCAGAAAUAGGUUUUAUUUUAUUUUUUAUUGCACAGAAUACUGACUUUCCACAGAGAAGAUUUCAAAUUCUUCUUGAAAUAACGGACAACGAAUGUGAGAAUGGGGAGCCUGGGAGGAAUGACAUUAGUGCAGCCUUGGGUUCUGUUGGAGGCUGUUUUAGCACAUUGUAAGCCUGAUAUAGUCUUCUCCCUCAAUCAAAGCACAAGAUGGCAAUUGUUCCUUUCCUGUGAAACAACACUAAAGCAUCUGACAGCAGCUGAGUAGUGUUCUUGGGGCUGAAUCACGUUAAGUUAGGGGCCAAGGGGAAUACAGAGGCACUACAGGCCCGGUCCACAAAACUGGUGUCUGAGACUCCACCAAAAUAGUAGAACUGAGUGGGCAUAAAAGGUUCUGUUUUUUUAGUUUGUCUACUUUUAAUCAGGUACUUUUUACUUAAGUCUAGUAUUUCCAUUAGCAUGAUAUUCUGCUUCGCUGUGCUUUGUUAUUUCUGAUACUCUGAUCCAGUAUUGAUACAGUGACAGAAAAAGUGCUGCUUAAACCUAUGAAUGAAAAAAAUGACUGCAAAAGUUAUCCUUUCCAUAUUUUUUUGCUUUCGGGGUUGUCUAAUGAAUUAUUUUUUUCUUGAUUUUGUAGCAACACCUUCAAGCUACUACAUCAAUCCUCCAUUUAGCGAUAAGCUCCAUCUACUUCCAUUGGAAUUAUUCUUAUGGGUAGGGGAAAAUGUAACAGCUUCUACAAAGAAGCAAAAUAGUAUAAGAAAAAAGACCUAAUUAUUUUUGGUACAACUAUUUAUUAACGUAAGGUUAAAAAUCUUAUUCAUGAUAUUUAAUUAUACUCUGCGUGUUGUCUUUAAGUAAUAAAAAGAAACAUUAUACUUAAUAGUAUACAGUAUUUUGCAAUUCCGUUGAAAUUGAAUAUUACUUUGUUUUCCUGGACAUAUCUACAAGAAAGCAAAUUCCUGUGGGAUUUUCUUUGAAAUAAAGAAUUGGGUGAUAUAAAAUAACUCAUUUCUCCAACUGCAAUUUUCAGGGGAAAAAAUGACAUUAUAUUAGAUUCUAUUUAUAAAUAAAACCCAACUCCUAACUUAACAUAUCCUUCCCCUUUUGAAUUAUGAGGAAAGGAAAAGGUUUUUAAAAGUAUUGUUUAAAGUAAUUUGAUUCUCAGCUGAGGAAAUAAGGAAUAAAUGUAUCUUAUUUAGCAUAUCUUUUCCAAUUCUUCAUGUAGUAGCAGAUUUUUAACAAUAGCAAAGUAAACCAUUUCAGACAGCUGUAAAACUAGAGUUCUUUUCUUAUUCAAGGAGCUAUUUCAUUGAUUGGCUGAGGUCUCUCCUAUUUCUAGGAUGAAGAGAGGUUUCCUAGGCAGGUGCUCUCUGUUUGUUCAGCAAAUUAUUGGAGGAGAGAUUUAUGGAUAUAUUUAUUUACUAGAUGUACAUGGCCAUUCCCUCUCACAUAUAAGCAGCGUCAGGCAGCUAACAUAAUAAAAAUAUCAAUACAAUAAGGAUAAAUAAAUUAUACAAAGCAAAAGAAAAAUGUCCAUCAAACGCAAACCAGUCAAUAACAAAGAGAUUCAACUGACAAGCUGAACCCCCUCCAACCCCCACACUUGAGAAAAAAAUCUUAAGGGUCUUAUGAAAGGCUAGCGGAGUUGGGGACAAUCUAAUCAACACUGUAUAAAAGGUCUCCUGGCUAUGGCUGGAGGAGCUGCAAGAUCAGGAGGAUCUCAAAACAGUGCACUGAUUUUGACAGAGUAGUGCAACUCCAUCCAGAACUAAAGAUGGAAAAUCACCAGAUCCAGCAGGCCUUAAAAGCCUAGAUAGAGUUGAAGCCUGUUCUUCCCCAUCCAAUUGUCCAAAGCCUCCAGCUAGAAAGACAGAACCUUCGCAGCAUUACUUGGGUGAUCCAAAAUAAAGAUAUACAACUGAGUAUCACCAGCCUACUGAUGUUACU